ACUGCGACUCUCCAUCAUUUCUAAUAUCCCAGUGUAGGAGAACCAGCAGAGGCAAGGGAACUAAUGGGAACCAUGGGAAAACCAAUACCCAACAGCAUUUGGGAGUCAAUAUGUUGAAUAUAUCUUAUCUGGCUGACUGAAGGACAUAAUUGUGGGUGUCAGAAGAUAAAUGGUAAAAAACUAGUUAGAAAAAGGACGUUCCCGUGUGAACACACACCAAUUUCAGACCCUCACCUUUUCAGCUGCUUGGCUCUGAAUGUCAAAAUGCAGUAAUGAAAGUCCAUGUGCAAUUCAGCACUGUAGCCAUGAAGCAGCAAGGGUAGGGUCUGCUGUGAGCUUGCCUCACCCUACCCGACCACCUGCUCAUCCACCUCCCCUUCAGCUCCACCUGAGAGUGGAGUCCCACAUUGAAGCAUAAUCCUACUGCCCAAAGCAUCUCCUCUACCUUCCCACCACCACCACCGCUUUGGAAGACAAACAUGACGUACAUUGUGAAGACGCUGGUCUGAUAUAUACCUCUGAGGUGUCGAGUGUAAAACCAGUGGAGCAAUGAAUGGCGGAAAGGACUGUGAGGCAGGAGAUGAGAGGCAGGCCGCCCCUGUCCAGGUCCCCAUAGGCUGGCAGCGCAAGGCGGAUCUUGGCCGAGGGGUCGUAUACAUAAGUCCCAGUGGCUCAGUACUGUCCAGCUUGGAGCAGGUGAAGACCUACCUGCUGACAGAUGGAACCUGCAAAUGUGGCCUGGAGUGCCCACUCAUCCUCCACAAGGUGUUCAACUUCGACCCAGGUGCAGCAGUCAAGCAAAGGACAGCGGAGGAUGUGAAAGCAGAUGAAGAUGUCACCAAACUCUGCAUUCACAAGAGGAAGCUUCUGGCCGUGGCCACAUUGCACAAGAGCAUGGAGACACACCCACCUCUGACAUUGACAAGCCCAGGGGGAGGUACAUCAUCUGUGGUUUCUGGGCAUUCCACAACUCCACGUGCAAUAAGGACUAAACCCCAUGAUGGCCUGUCCAAUGCUGUUGGUCCCGACUGCAAAAGUCCUUUCAAGAUGAUGAUGGUAGCUGGACAACAGCAACAGAGGCUGUAUCCACCCCAGGAGACGGGUAUAACGCAGCAGCCAGAGCUCUACUCUGGGUACCCCAGACCACAAAGGCUGGGCAGUGGGGAGCCAGGCCCCAAAUCCCCUUACCGGGCAGGGUAUGGCGGCAUGCUGAGCCCACAACGCACCAGUGCUAGGCUGUAUGGAGAUGGUUCAAUGUCUCCAAGUGCGGACACUUUGUGCAGCCCUGAUGGCUUUUCAAGGACCAAUCCUUGUGGUUUUCCAGGAGCCAGCAGUCCUGGCUCAGUCUCAAUUCAUGCUAAUACUAGGACACCUCUUUCCCCACCCGGUGUGAUGCUCCAUGGCUCCUCUGUGAGCCAGCCAUCCUGUGCUAUGACAGGGAGGACUAGCACGCCCUUAUCCCCAACGGCCACUGCCAAAAGCCCUGUCAUGAACAUGCCACGGGGCAACUUCCCCCCUAGUAUGGAAAUGGCCCGUGCAGCAUUUCACCAUAAAACACAGCCCCCUGUGCAUCCAGUGCCCCCCCAAUCCAUACCAACACCCUGUGCUCUUCAGAAAAGACAGCUGACCUCAGAAAAAGACCCCCUCGGCAUCUUGGACCCUAUACCCAGCAAACCAGUCAUCCAGCCCCUUACUAAUGCCCCAAACCCCUCCAACUUCCAGCCUAACAUCCACUCUCAGGUACCAAUGAUGAAUGUAAACAUACCCCCUCCUGCCAUUGUUCCCCUGCCAAGCAACCUACCUUUACCCACCAUGAAGCCUGGGCCUGUGGGGCAUGGUGGCCAUGUUCAGAGGACUCAACAAGGUGGACCGGCUUCUUCCAUGUCCCCAUCCCCUGUCACUUCCCCUGUCCACAUGGCUGUGCCUGUCCUAGGGAGAAUGGAGGCUUCCCCUCAUCGCUCACGCUCAUCCUCCACCUCCUCUGAUCAUGGGAACUUUGUAAUGCCUGCUGGGCACCAGGCCCCAUGUGGCAGCACAAAGGUUCCCCCUCGUUCCCCCAGGUCGGCAAUGGGAUCUCCUAGGCCAGCCAUGCCCUCCAGCCCCUCCACCAACAAAACAGACCAACUUCACCAGUACAAAGAGUCCCCGUUGUUGCCUGGCAUGGGAAACUCGAUUGGUGCCCAGCAGCAUGGUAACCCCAUGUAUUCACCCACAUCGUCAUCCUCCUCUUCAUCUUCUUCUAUGGCAGCCCCAAGCGCUUCCCAGAAGGGCCACCCAGGACUACUGGGCAUGCCCCUCAACCAGAUCCUCAACCAACAGAAUGCUGCUUCCUUCCCAGCCAGCAGUCUCUUGUCAGCCGCAGCCAAAGCACAGCUAGCAAAUCAAAAUAAAUUCAGCGCUGCUGGCAACAGCACUGCUGUAAUGGCUGGAGGUGGAGUUGGUAUGACAGGCAUGGGAGCAGGUAGUGGAGGUAAUGGUGGGAGUGGUGGCCACCCAGGCUCUAUGAGUGCCCCCAGAGGCAUUGAGGGACACAGCACUUUAAAUCCCAUGCUCCCUCCUAACUCCAACAUUCUGCUCAACACUCCUGAAGGCCAGAGUGGAAGGGCAGCUCUUCGAGACAAGCUCAUGGCCCAGCAGAAGGACCCCAUGCGCAAACGGAAACAGUCAUCAAGCAGCACUCCUGUAAACCAUGACAAUAGUAACAACAUGGUCUACAACAUGCUUAACAAAUCAGGCAUGGGUGGACCACAUAUGCCAGGACCCAGUGCACCUGAACAGCUGAGAAAAUUGGGCAGACUUGGAAACCUUCCCCCAAACACCUCAAUGGCCCAGCUUCUCCAGUCCAUGAGCUGCCAGAGCUCUCACAACUUGGGUGGGAACAGCCACCGUCCAGGUCUUAGCCCUGGCCCAGGGCAGGGUCCUCAAGGUGCCGCACAACUGCACUAUAACGACUGCAUGGGAAUUGGCCCCGGUGGCCCUCAGCAGAAUCUCCAUGUCCAGCAGAGGCUGCAGGGUCCUGGAGAUGCCAUGCAGCACUGCCAGAACAUGGACCCUUCUGGUGGUCAUCUGGGCUCACGGUUAGGCCAGUUCCCUGACAUGAUGGCUCAAAUGCAGGCCUCCUCUAUGAAUAACUGUGGGCCUAUGGGGCCAAGCAGUGGACCAGUGGGUUCUGAUGGCAUGCCAUUGGGCCACCCCAACACUAACCCCCCACCUCUAUCCCAUCCUGGCCCCAAUCCCUUACAGCAGAACCUCCAUCACAGUAUGGGACGGACUAACAUGGUGGUGAUGCCACAUGGAGUUGGUGAUGGUGGCUGUACACAGACCAUUUCUGAUACAGGAAACCCAUCAUCCCUUGGCUGUGGUGUUGGCCUGCAACCGCACAUUAAUGCUGGAGGUCAGAUGUAUCAGCAGCAGGUCCACCAAGGCAUGCAGCAGGGGGUGGCCUCCCAUCCAGCUUACCAGGGCCAGCAGCACUUUUCUGACAACCCACCCUACACAGACAGCAGCAUGGCCAACGCUGGCUCCAUGGCCUACAUCUACCAGAACUACCAGCCGGGGAUUUUGCCACAUCCACAGUUUGGGGAGGGGCAACAGCCCCAGGGAGAGGGACUUCCAACAGGUACGUCUGGAUCUGACAGAGGCCCAGUUGGAGGCCCAGAGUCGGUGGAUGCCAUCUACAGAGCUGUAGUGGAUGCUGCUAGCAAGGGCAUGCACGUUACCAUCACCACCACAGUUAGCGGGACAACACAGGCAAGUCCAGUGCCUGCCCUUAGUGCCAUGAGUGCCUUCACUGCUUCUAUAGGCGAGCCUGUUAACCUUCCCCAAGCAGUUAGUGCAGUCCUGCACGGGCACCAGGAAGGAGAGCAAACCAGACCGAGGCAGGUGAGGCCAGGACGAGGUCAGAAAAACAUGGAUGCAGGGAAGAGCACUCCAGAUGGCCCAGAGGCCCAUGACUACUUCCGUUCUCCUGGCCGUGGAACUCCCAGGGCUCAAUGGGAUGGGGAGACCCAGCAUGGGGGAAGUUUUGACACGCACAGCAACAACAGUGCUUGGGGUGGUGAGGAGUUUCUAGAGUGUUCUACCCAAGUUAGGAGUAGUCCCUGCAUGGAUCGACCCGCCAGCUUGGCUCCUGCCCCACCCUGCCCUACCGAGGGGUCCAACGAUCAUGGCCUGGCCAUGGCCCACGAUAAGGUCUUUAUCGAUGAUGCCUAUCGCUUCAACAACUGCAGUCGGACUCCUUCUAAUUACAAGGAGCGUUUGGAGCAGACUGUCGAACGCUGCGCUCAUAUCAAUGGCUCCACCCCCCACUUCAACACUCGGGGUUACGGAGAAGUCCUGGGUCCCCCACGGCAGGAGCUGACGGGGGACGACCAGUCGCCCAGCUCCUCUACUAGCCUGGAGGGACCCUUGGCCACAGCCAAAGACUACAGCCACUACAACGGCCAUUUCAACGGUAUGGCGCCCAGUCCCUCGGACACAAAGAGCCUGAGCAGUGAGGAGGACCUGCGGCAGCCAGACUCUCCCUCCUCAGAGCUGCUUCACUACCGGUCCAGGACGUUCAACAUGGGGGAGCUGGUCUGGGGUCAGCUUAAGGGCUUCCCUCCCUGGCCUGCCAAGCUGGCCGGGGAAGAACAAGUGCACAGUGCUGCUAUGCAGCUGCGGGAGCAGGCGAAGGUCGAGCCAGAGAAGCUCAAAACACUAACUCACGACUUGGAGGCACUUGACAGAGCUGCCAAAAGAGGCCUGAAACCGGGGAAACUGAAUAAUCACUUAGAAGCUGCUAUCCACGAGGCCAUGAGUGAGCUGGAUAAGAUGUCAGGCGCAAUCCCGUCGAGGGAUCGUCAGGUGAAGCUCCCGAAGCCUAAGAGGAGGAAAAUAUCCAGAUAACAGUGAAUGUGUUGGGCCAGGAACGUCCUCAAAGUCUUCAGCGACUUUGUCCGUUCAGCCACGAUGCGAUCUGAGCUCUCUAACAGGUGCUACACAUAGACUUUCAGUGGUACAUCAUUGUUCCAUGAUAUCAACUUGACUUAUUGACCGACCACAGAAGGUGCUGGAAAUUCCAAUCACCAAUACAGUUUUACCGAUAACAAGCAAAAUGAAAAAAAAAGAAAAAUAUCGAAAAAAAGUCAAAAAUGGUUGCAAUUUGUCUACUGCUCAAUGAAUUAACUAUUUUUUUCUAGUAUAAUAUAGUAAAACAAACAAAAAAAGCUACAAGCAUUACCUUACAUAUUUAAGAAAAAUAGACAGUCCAAAUAUUUCUGAUACAUUUUCAAUAUGUAUAUAGAUAAUCCUGAAAUUUCAUGCUAUUAAGAAAUGAAUGUAAAUAUUGUAUAAUGUCAUGUACAAGCGUACCUAAUGCACAUUUUAUCUUUUAUUGUACAAAACAAAGCAGAAGUGUACCAAUGUCUUGGUUUCUAUUCAGAAAUGCGGUUGCAUAUGACCGCAUGCAUAGGAUAAAUAAGAAUACAGCCUAAAGCUUUUAUAUGAUGAACCGUAAGACGUGCUGUUUUUUUAUUUUAAUUUUUUAUUAUUAUUAUUAUUAUUAUUAUUAUUAUUUUUAAAUAAGGAAACAGCAGUGGAACAGGCAUAAGUAUUUGAGUCCUCCAUUAUGACAAGUCACUUCACCCCAGUUGUGUUUAUUUGUACUGACGAGAUAAAACACAUGAAUGAACUUUUAUGAGGAAGUGUUCAGUGUUCCCCCAAGAAAUGACCACCUGCCACACAAGUUUUGGUUAAAUCUUAACCAUGACAGGAAAAUCAUGACUCAGAGGAAGAACCAGUUUUGUCUGUUUAGCACGUGAAUUGGUUGUGGUUUUAUCACAACCGCCAGACAAACGAAAAGUUGGUUACCUGUAGUUUUAAGAAGGAAAAAUCCACCCUUACGCACUUUCAUGUUACAUGUUAUUUUGUGUUGCUUAAGUUUCAGGAGUUUUGCAAGAAAUGUUUUAGUGUGAAUUAGGUCUGCAAUUAAUUAUUUCCCUAAUUGAUUAAUCUCUCGAUUAAUUUAAUCAUGCUCUCAAAUGUCUUGUUUUGUCUAUAAACCAAAAUUAUUCAGUUAUAAUGAUGUCAUUAUAUGGCACAAAGAAACCAGAAAAUACUCACAUUUAAGAGGCUGAUUAUUAACCCUUCUGUGAGUAAUCCUGUCGUUGCCGACAAGAUCUGGCAUGUGUACUACUCAUGACCAUUUAUAUUAAUUUAGAAAAUUCUAAAACUAUGGACUGGUGACCUGUCAGCUGAGAUUAGCACAGUACCUUGGGCGACCCUCAUGUAGAGAUUAAAGCGGUAGAAGAUGGAUUGAAUAAUUGCCAGGUAUCGAAAGUGAAAGUUAUUUUGGGAAAAGGGGCAGAAGCACUCUCUCAUUGAACAUGUUUUGACAAUACUACAGCCAUAAAAUCAAAAUGAUCCCAGUUCACGGCCCGAUUGUAAUGAUUGUCAUACGGUUAAAUAAUAAAAAAAUAUUAUUAAAAUAAACCCACUCCUAAUCUAUUAAUUGAUUGUCAAAAUACUUUGAUAAUUUGUUUCAGCGUGAGUCGGAAGUGAGUCAAUUGUUUUAGAUCUUCCGGAAUCAUUUUUCUCACAGCACAAAUUUGCUGUUGCAUGGUCACUGCUCAUUUUCCGAAACAUGUGCAGUGAAAAUGACCGCUACUACUCAAAGAUGUGAAGUAAAAAAGCCUCCUCUCUGUGACAGAAUGAGACACAAAACAUUUGACAUUUCAAAAUGUGCUGAUUCUCUGACUUAAAAGAGCACUGUUCUGGCUUUAGUGAAGUUUAAAAUUGUGCAGACUAUAGUGAAAAACUCAUUAUCUACAUUAAUCAUGUAACUGUGUUAUUGCAAUAAAUAAGCAGUCAGUUGAUUGGCAUGAUAUUUAUCUCUAAUUAAUCUUAAUAAUUAAUCAAUAUACUGAUUGCAGCUUCUCUCUUGAGAGGAUUUUCAUUUGAUCAGUUGUAAAGUGAUUAAAUAGGAUUUCAUUGCCGUGUAGGAAGGAAAUCAUGAUAUUUGAGGGCCUUGUUCUUGGUAUUCCAAUGGUGCAUCGUAAACAUUGAAUUAAAUCAGUACAAUAAUCUGCGAGAUGGUCAAAAUAAUCACCAGUUGCAGUGACAAAUGUAGACAUUUUAUCAUUGUUCCAUGUCAGCAAAAAAUGCUUCUAAAUAAGACCAGAAUGUUUGAGGUCAUUAAUAAUAAAUGGAGCUGGAAGUAUGUAUCUUUUGGUUAACUAAAGAAGUAAAACUCCUCAAAUGCAACACAAAAUCUCCACAAAAUGUGCAUUUGGGUGGAUUUUUUUCAUCACCUCCAACCAUGAAUCACAGGCGGCAUCAAUAAAUUGUCUUAUUUGGUCUUUGUGAUUAUGUUCUAGAACUCAUUUGUACAGUGAUUUGUUUUAGGUUCAUGACUGUAGUCAUUUUCGACACGACUCUAGCUUUAGGUAGAGUAUCCAACCUCAGAGGCAAAGGUUAGAUUAUCAUGAAAAGAACACUAACUUGUUUUUCAAGAGCAGUGAAAGUAUUUCUCGCAUUUAGGGGCCUUGCGUGAGAGUGUGUGUGUGUGUGUGUGUGUGUUUUUUUCAUUUCUUUCUAUCUUUUUGUUAUUGAUGUAAAUUAUUUAUGUACAGUAUUCCAUAUUUAUUUUAAGCUUUACAAAUAUGCUAGAUGGCAAUAAUACUACCAAGAGUUGAGAACUCAAGCCUUAUAUGUGUAUAUGUAUGUUUGUUUUUUUUAACAAGUGAGAAGCUCAUGUAUUCACAGUCCAUUACAAAGGUCAUGUUCCCUUUUAUUUAAAAAAGUGAGUAUUGCCGAUAACUCCUCUUUUUUUAUUUACAGUGAGGCUUUUUAAGUUGCUUGUUUUUUGUUACAGAUUGUCUUUUUUUUUCUUUUUUGUCGAAGACCGUAAAUAUUUAUGAAAAUGCAUGUCUGAAAGGGCAGACGUUGUCCAUGUUGGUAAUAAAUGCAGUUGUAAAACUAUGAACGUUUCAAGACGAAAACAGAGAAUCGGAAAUUUGACGUACUGUGAUGCACGGAAUUGGGGACUGUGGAAGAACUUGUGUACGCACACACACACACACACACACACACACACACACACACACACACACAGACACAGGUGCUCCUCCAGAUCAAAAUCAACUAACAACCUAAAACACUAUGUUUUAUCAAGUGCAAUAUACCAAUCAAUGACAAAGAACAACUGUUUAGAAACUUGUGCACACUCAAAAAAAACUGGGACUGAAGUUUUUGUCUGCCUUCAAAAAAAUUAAUCUGACCUCACCCGAGAGCCAUGGAGUAGUGAUUUGUUUGCAGCUUUACAUUUAAACACAUAUACAACCAGUUAAAAAUAAUGUAUUUAAUUUGUACUGAGGUACUCCACUCUUAACAAUUUCUGAAUUUCUGACACAUCAAACCUCCAAAAUAAAGUUCCUCUGAAAUGCCAUGACAUGAAAAUGCAUUUAUGUUGAAGACCAGAUGAACAAAUGACUUUUGAUCAUGGUAUAAAUCUAAUUCUCCUACUUUUAACACUAUUGUUCAUUUUUGUCCUCUCAAGAAAUGCUCAGAAUCAGUCAAAAAUAUUAAUUACAGCCAAGUUAACAUGUUUGUUCGUGUGAUGUCACUCUUUAGAACCUUAAAGUUAUAUGUACUGUAUUUUCUGGUGAGAUUUCUCACAUAGUUCAAAACAUAUCGGACUUUAUUUAUGAUGUGCACACUGAAAAACUCCCAAGGCAUUUUGAAAAAAAUCUGACAUCAUUUGCUAAAUUUAAAAAAAAGUGGGCUUUGACAAAAUUUUUAAGAUACUAAAUUUGUGAAGAGGGAACAUCUUGUUAUGAAAGCCAUCCUUUUUUUCAAAAUGUCCUUUUUUCCAGUGUUCACCCUUUUGAGAACCUUUUAGUUUUUACUGUAUUCCGUGGCGAGAAAAUCUUCCGUUCCUUUUCGGAAUGUGACGUUCGGUGUCGAACAUGUGAGCUCUUUCAGUAAAGUCCAUUCUGCCUUUUUCCCCUCCCAUAUUUUUCUCUUUGUGCAAUGACAUGCAGGAACCCCGUCUCUUGUUGGGAACCCAUGUGUUUUGGAUCUGUAAUAUCAGUUUCACGUUAUUUGUGGUCAAGAGUUCAAACCCUUUUUUUGUGUUCGGGUCAGUCUGUGCAGUCUAUUUUUUUCCUCUUCAUGCCAGUGAUUGUGUGUGUGCUGAGUUGUGUGUGUGAUAUUUUUUUUAUUUUUUAUUUUUCCUGCUGGUGAACUAUGUUUUGAAUCUCUGCUCUCUUUUCCACCCUUCCCUUGUCAGUAUUUUAUUUUUUCAACUUGUAAUUAAGUAUAUAUUUUGUCACUAAUAUAUACUUUUCAAAAAAAAAAUAGACUUGCGUGAAGUAUGAUGUGCACUUGAUUGCUCUUGUUCAUUUUCCUUUUUUUUGCAUUAAUGUGGGCUAGGGAUAGUUUUGUCAGAGUCCAUUAUUUUGAGAUUGUUUGGACUUUUUUUAAUGGUUUGAUGUAAGCAGCAUUUUUUUUUGUAAAUAUUGUGAAACAUUACAGGUCAUGCAGUGAUGUAACAUUUUGAACAAUGUUGCACAGAUGUUUAAGAUAUUAAAAACAUGUUCACUCUUA